GUUUGUUUCAUUUGGCGGGUUUUUAAACCCAGAUCCCACUGACCCAGUUGAUUAUUAUCCUUUGCUUGAUGAUUUCCCCACCUCGGUCCCAGAUGUCUCCACCCCCAUGCUCCCACCAGUAGGUGUACAGGCUGUGGCUCUUACCCACGAUGCUGUGAGGGUCAGCUGGGCAGACAACUCUGUCCCUAAGAACCAAAAAUCGUCCGAAGUGCGACUUUACACUGUCCGGUGGAGGAUCAGCUUUUCUGCGAAUGCGAAAUACAAGUCAGAAGACACAACAUCUCUGAGUUACACAGCAACAGGCCUCAAACCAAACACAAUGUAUGAGUUCUCGGUCAUGGUAACAAAAAACAGAAGGUCCAGCACAUGGAGCAUGACUGCACAUGCCACCACAUAUGAAGCAGCCCCGACCUCUGCUCCCAAGGAUUUGACAGUCAUUACUCGAGAAGGGAAGCCUCGCACUGUCAUUGUGAGCUGGCAGCCUCCCUUGGAAGCCAAUGGAAAAAUUACCGCUUACAUCUUGUUUUAUACCUUGGACAAGAACAUUCCAAUUGAUGACUGGGUUAUGGAAACAAUCAGUGGUGAUCGGCUUACACAUCAAAUCAUGGAUCUCAACCUUGACACUAUGUAUUACUUUCGAAUUCAAGCACGGAAUGUGAAAGGAGUGGGGCCCCUCUCUGAUCCCAUCCUUUUCAGGACUCUGAAAGUGGAACACCCUGACAAAAUGGCUAAUGACCAAGGUCGCCAUGGAGAUGGAGGUUAUUGGCCAGUUGAUACUAAUUUGAUUGAUAGAAGCACUCUCAACGAGCCACCCAUUGGCCAGAUGCACCCCCCACAUGGCAGCGUCACUCCUCAGAAGAACAGCAACCUGCUUGUGAUUAUUGUGGUCACCGUUGGCGUCAUCACAGUGCUGGUGGUGGUGAUCGUGGCCGUGAUUUGCACCCGGCGUUCUUCAGCCCAGCAGAGAAAUCGGCCUAGAUACUCCAUUUGCAAAGCAGCAUCAGCUGUGGGGGGCGUAGGCCGCCAUUCCUCGUGCUGCUCAGAGCUCUGUGCUCAGAUGCCCGCACUGAAGUCGGGGUCACACCAGAUGUUGCAGUCGGGUACCUUAUGCCUAGCUCCAAAGAUUGGCAUACGGUUCCAUCUAACCCAUUGUCACCUUGUGCUCAAAUCUACAGCAGGAGAAGCUGGAGUAAGGUGCUCUCUGGCAGGCAGCCGGGGCCCUGGGGAUCCAGCACCACAUCUCCCGAAACGGGCCACCCACAGUGUUGGCAAAAGGAAGGGCAGCCAGAAAGACCUCCGGCCCCCUGAUCUUUGGAUCCAUCAUGAAGAAAUGGAGAUGAAAAAUAUUGAGAAGCCAUCAGGCACUGACCCUGCAGGAAGGGCCUCCCCCAUCCAGAGUUGCCAAGACCUCACGCCAGUCAGUCACAGCCAGUCAGAGACCCAUCUGGGGAGCAAAAGCACGUCUCAUUCAGGUCAAGACACAGAAGAAGCAGGGAGCUCCAUGUCUACCCUGGAGAGGUCAUUGGCUGCACGCCGAGCCACCCGGGCCAAGCUCAUGAUUCCUAUGGAUGCCCAGUCCAGCAAUCCUGCUGUCGUGAGUGCCAUCCCUGUGCCAACCCUAGAAAGUGCCCAGUACCCAGGAAUCCUUCCAUCGCCCACGUGUGCAUACCCCCACCCGCAGUUCACCCUCCGGCCUGUGCCGUUCCCUACACUGUCAGUGGACCGAGGUUUCGGAGCCGGAAAAACAGUGAGUGAAGGACCAGCCACCCAACAGCCACCCAUGUUGCCCCCAGCACAGCCUGAGCAUCCCAGCGGUGAGGAGGCGCCCAGCAGAACCAUCCCCACAGCCUGUGUUCGACCAACUCAUCCACUCCGCAGCUUCGCCAACCCUUUGCUACCUCCACCGAUGAGUGCAAUAGAACCGAAAAUCCCGUAUACACCGCUUUUGUCUCAGUCAGGGCCUACUCUUCCCAAGACUCAUGUCAAAACAGCCUCUCUUGGGUUGGCUGGAAAGGCAAGAUCUCCUUUGCUUCCUGUAUCUGUGCCAACAGCCCCUGAAGUGUCUGAGGAGAGCCACAAACCAACAGAGGAUCCAGCCAAUGUGUAUGAACAGGAUGAUUUGAGCGAACAAAUGGCAAGUUUGGAAGGGCUAAUGAAGCAGCUUAACGCUAUCACAGGCUCAGCCUUUUAACACACAUUGCCGAAUUGAUGAGUUGAAUCUUCCGGGACCUUUGCAGCAUUACCAAUUACCCAUAAACAGCACACCUGUGUCCAAGAACUCUCUCCAGUGUACAGGUUAACCAUCAGGACCACUGAGUUCUGGAAGAUCCUGAAGCAGUUCAGAAGGAAUAAGCAUCCCUUCUUUCAUAGGCAUCAGGAGUUUCAAAAUGAUGACUCUGGGGUCCCUUAACAAAAGCAAAGAUACAUCUUCACUGCAAUGUCAAAGCCGAAGCUGCUAGAAUAGUCCUGGGCCUUUGCCACUGCAGUGACCACAGUGUCAUGACAGAUGCUUACGUUUUCCUUCAUCAAGGCCUGUCAUUUUCUUCUAUGUGUAGGUCUAGUCUUACAAAAUGCAAGUGCAUUAUUGAAGCCUGUACCCUGCCAUGGCAAAUCAGCGCAAGCUCACUAUUUUAUUUUCAAAUUUAAGGUACAAAGCACCCAUGGGAAUUUUCUCACCACAUAGCACCAAAGGAUUGGAUGUUUUUCUGACAGCACAAAAAAGUAAACAAGUAAACAAAAGGCAGCAAAUGCUUACGUUUUGUAACUCAAGUCAUUCUUGCACAGGUGGUGGAAUUCAGCAAGUGGCUGUAAAAUUCACCCAUUUUAGCAAGUAUUGGUAAAUCCACUCUUGGUUAACAUUGAUGUCUGGAGAACAGGAACAUUUAGAAAUCUGCAACUAGUGGCAUCCUGCCAGCAACCAGUCCAUUUCCUAAAAGAGGAUACAAUAUGCAAUCUUUUCAGACACAUGAUAAUGACGUGCUUAAGCUUGUAAUAGGAAACUUUUAAUUUGGGUGGCUUUCAUGCCAUACCACACUGUGAUGAUAUUUCAAAGCUUCACCAAGUCCAUCUCCCUCAGGAGUCUGGCUAGACUCCACCCCAUCCCUCCCUGAGUUCCCCUUGGCAACCAGCCCUGGCCAGGUGGCUGUCUCCACACAUCCCUUGGCCUCCUGACCCACCUUUCUGAAACCCUCUGUGGAAAUGGCAGAGCCAUCACGAGGGAGGGAAGGAAAAUGGAAGGCAGUUUCAAACAGUACCUUCUCUUGAGUGAUGUCACUUCCACCAGCAGAGUCCUCACUGACUUAGAGCAGGCCGUGUUGGUAGGUGACAACCACCGAGCUCUGUUGUCAAGGAGACCUUCUGCACCAUGCCUGCCCAGAGUCAGAGAGCAGCAGAGGGGAAGCCAUCACUUGACACUUGGGACACAUCCUAAACCCAUACUCUUUAAAACUGCAUCUUCAUUGUGACAUAGAAUCUUAAACUCCCACUGCCGUGUUUAUCUACAGCUUGCAACUAGGUGAAAUUAAAAAGAUUUUGUGUGCACCCUUUUAGUUUUUGAAUUUGAAGCUGCAUUUGGAGUUAAUCCAUUUAUGCAGCUGAAUCGCCAAAAGGGAGCCAGUUUGCAUAUUUAUCAGUUAGGCAACUUGAAAACCCAGUAAGAGAGUUUCAGCUGAAUUAUUCCUUUCAGCUCUGCCUUUGAUUUCAAGCUUGAGUCAUAAAUUUAAAAGAGCAUGGAAGGGACAGGAUCUUUACAGCCUAAUAGCUCCUUUUAUUAGGUGGGUAAUUAUAUAUGAAUCCCUGAAUGAAAUAUUUUGAGUAAAAUGGCACUGUAACGGAAGUAAUAAUUCAGAUUAUUUUUUUACAGUUUUAUGUCGGGAAGGAAAUCUUGUGUCAAAGAGAGGGCUUGUUCAAAUGGUUCAUUAGAAAGUCCGGUCCAUUUGUGAAAUUGUUCCUUCAACAAAGAGUGCUUGAUCGAUUUACUUAUAUUUUCAUGAAGUCCUUCUGAAGAGCUAUGUGGUGGUAUCCUAUGGGGCAGAUAACUCUUACUCAACAUCUAGGGUGCUUCAGCAAACGACCCUCCACUGACGUGGAACAAGGCAUUUCAUAACAUAAUAUUGAGUCUUACAGAAAUAAUCCAUUAGCUCAGAAAAGAAAAUGUUCAUUAGACCAGCCUUAUCUUCUCGAGGUCCUAGGAUGGCUUUCCCUUUCUAAUCCUCACAAAUAUGGAACAGACUCUGAAGGCAUUUGACAUCCGAGGAAGGUCAUCCUGAGUGUCCAGUUUGGAAUGAGCUGCAAAUCUCGGAUUUCAGGGAUUAGUCACAUCUUCAAUCUGUAGACUGUAUCUGCACAAUCAAGAGCACUAGCAUUUUCACAACAUUCUAGACUCCUCUGAAGUCAAUGACCCUAGGAAAUACAUUUUUUAAAAUAUAUGAAAAUAUACAUUAUUUGAUUUCAGUGGAUGCUCUUGAAACUUUCUUCAUUAAACAAAUCUAAUGGUUUAUUUCAGUAAUCGGCAAUGCUAAUAACUCUUAGCUCCAUGCACUGUAUAUAUAGUAGAAUCCAUUUAAAUUCUCACAAGAGACUCUUGGGAGAUGUACCCAAUGGUUUGAAUAUGAAACAACUUGACUGCAACUCUGCUCCCCGUUCUCUCAGAUAGUUCACACGUGUGUACAGCUGCUUGCCCAGGCUUAUAGGUAACUCUUUAAUUUCCCAGUCUCCUGAUCUCCUGACAAGAAGAAAUCUGUCUCUGAGUCUGGUUCAUGACAUACAGGGCUCUUUAAGCUCAUAAAUCUCUUUGACUCCCAUAGUGAUGCUUGACAGCCAACCAGCAGCUCUGCCACCAGGAGUCAUUUCUCCCCGAAAAAGAAGAAAAUGAAACAUGGCAGGGCAUCCUCAGGCCUUCCCUGCACUCUGCUGAACUGUCAGGCAAGAGCCUUCUCUUGAAAAAGUUUGGUAUUUUUCAUUUCAUACUGAUAAGAAAGCUAUUUUCUUUCCUCUAGAAAGUUCUGCAUCUGUUAAACUCACAAAAAUGCAGAUAGCUCAAAAUGCAUAAAACAUAUUUGGAGGAUGCUCUAGCCAAAAUUUAAAUAUUUCUUAGUGACUCACAUUCAGUAAGAAACUAGUCAUAGCUACCUCUUUGUAGAGCAGAGCUAUAAGCUUCUAGGGUAUUUAAAUAAUGGAACUUUAUAUUUGGGCAUUAUAAAAUGCACACACAAUUGAACAAGCUGGAAAAAAAGGAAAUAUAUCAAGCCAGGGAUAUAAGAGGUGAACUUAUUAAGGCUUCCUGGGAGGAGUUGGAUAUAACAUUAUUCUCUUCAAAAUAAGGGUGAUUCACAAUGACAUGUAUGUUUUCGUCCCCUGCAUUGGUAAGAGCUACAGAAGGAGAGCUGUCCAACAUUAGUGUGUCAUUCCAGACGACGUUUGGAAACUGUAAUGUUUGGCACUUGUUGGCUUUUCUGAUAAAGAAUCUAAGUACAAGUCUUUCGGGAAGCCUUUGUAGUCUGUGCUUGAAGAUGGUUGCUCGUUCCUAACCACCCUUGUGAUACAUCUGUCUGUUGACUUUGUUUAAAGAAUCGUCUUCAGGUCUCCUCCAAAUGUAAUAGAGUGUCUCAUACAUGACUGCUGGACUGGAAUUCUAACCAAAAAAAAAAAAAAAACCACCUCUAAAGAGAUCACCUUACCUUUUCGAUAAAAUUGUGUCCCAGACUCAGACUCCUUGUAGUUUCAGAAUGUCCAUUUCUAGUUCAUGAGAGAGAGAAAAAAUAGAAAAAUUCCUUACUUUUAGCUGUGUUAAUAAAAAACAAAACCGUCAGAACUUUAAAAUAGAUGAGGAACAAGGUUGCUUUCCCUUCCUGGACCAGUUUACUUCAUCCAAAUGCAGACCAUUCCUAAAGCCAGAGGUUAGUAUCCUAGCCUGUUUAUAACCCAUAUAUACAAUAGAGAACCCCCAACAUUCUAGAGCAGCAGAGCAGUCAUACACUCAAAUCUACCAUCUCUUUUUAAAAUUACUUUCAAAGCAACAUUUUACUCAUAAUAAUAAUAAUAAUUUGUAUUUCUCUGGUAACUUUCAGAAAUCACUUUCAUAGUGUACAGAAAAGCUUUUCACUUGAUUCCAGCAUUUCAAAUUAAAUCAGACUUUGGAAAAAUCAUAGAUAGAUGUUUUGUAUGGUAUUCCAUUGCAUUUGAAAUAUGUGCUCCCAUGCCUCAGUGUAACUUGCUAUCCAAAUACCUGCUUCCGAAAUGUCCUGAUUCUGAAAAGAAAUGCCUGAGUAGUUCCUCGUCAGUGAUACUAUACAGGAGAGCACACAUGAAGCCUGUUGUCUGGGCUCUCUGUUCCCGCUAUUGCAUAAUGUUCACUUGGUGGAAUUCUAGUUGCACUCUCUGAAGGAUUUCUCCUGCUCUCAGUAGAGAGCCUUUGUACAUUGUCAUCCUAUGAUUUUUUCGUUGGUUGGAGAGCAACAGCAAAACUCUACAAGAUGUCGCAAACACAGAUGCAUGGGCCAAGGUAUCUCAGUGUGUUCUCAGAUGCAAGAAAGGAAGGUUGGGGAGGAGGAAAAAUGCUGUUUUUUAUUAUCGAAGGGUAAACCUGACAAUUCUGAACUUUGUGAAUUGUCAGCUGGU